UGUAGCCACCCUUCGCCUUGAUGACAGCUUUGUAAACUCUUGGCAUUCUCUGAACUAUUACAAACUAUCAUUUUGUAAAUCACACACUACAUUGUUAUUGCAAACAGUGAUAAUAAAGCAAUAACAUCAGAUAAAAUAGUAAUAGCAACACUGCAGCAUUCAUGCAUAACCCUUGGCAACCAACUGACCUGUACCCCCUCCCAUCCGUGCUCUCCAGAAUCCUUGGGAYGUCCAUACCCCAUGUAGUUUAGAUUUCAAAUGGYCAUGGUAAGGGUUAACGUUAGGGUUAGGUAACUAGACUUUCCUAGUUAAAUAAAAACAUUUUUUUUAAGUAAGGGUUGUUAAAAGUUUAUAGUAAAGGUUAGUUAGAUUUAGGGUUAGUGUAGGGAUGCCCCAAGGAUCCCAAAUUAUCACUAACCAUACUGGCAACCCUUGAAAAGGACACCUUAACCAAUAAGAUACCUCAAAGUAGACCUACAAAUACGUAAUACUAAUCACAAUGCAACAUGGGAAACCAAUCGAAAGAAGCUGUGGAACUGCGUAAAGUUGAGGGUUUGUUAUUCAUGUGUGUGAGGAACGACACCCAAGAAAAAUUAAGUCACAUGAUUACACACAGAUACAUUCGUUGGUCACAGUGAGGAGAGGGCGUUCCUACGGUGGCGGCGUGCAUUCGCCUAUGUGACACAUUUACAACAACUUUGAGUUGGUGUGGGGGGAAGUUUACUAUAUUACCAAAUAACGUCCUAUCGUAAAAACCGGCAUCAACUCUACUCCAUGCAUUAUUUGGCAAUUACAUACAUUUAGUAUUUUGUGUACAAUCAUGCGAUAAGGCUUUUUUGGACGGGUCUUGUUUUCCUUCAGGAUUUGGCAAUCACUCGGCUGAGCUAGCUACGUUUUCAGUCCUACAUACCGUGGUGUACUUUCGUUCUUAUAUUUUGGUGGAGUUUGUCGCCGCUUCCCUGUUCAUUUUCUAUGAAAUCGUGCGGAGUGUCGCUCGACGCCGCUGCUGCUCGAAGUCUCGGCACUGCUGGCGAUGAGGAAAAGAAAAUGGCGKCGGGAAAAGCGAAUGAAAUCGAAUUGGACUUUCCGAAGCUAACAGCGCAGGAGAGAGAAAGCUUGGUCGAAAUUGACAGUUCACUAUUUGGAUUUCAGAGGCUUCAUGAAGAUGGCGCCAGAACGAAGACCUUACUGUUAAAGGCUGUAAUCUGCUAUGACUCUGCCAUCCUGAAGUCCGAAGGGAAAGUAGAGCCAGAGAUGUUCUGUCAGCUGGGCACAUUCAAUCUUUUCCUGGAGAACUAUCCAAAAGCAUUAUCUGCAUAUCAGAGGUACUAAAGUUUACAGUCGGACUACUGGAAGAAUGCUGGCUUUUUAUAUGGCCUUGGUUUGGUCUACUUCCAUUACAACACAUUUCACUGGGCGAUAAAAGCAUUUCAGGAUGGGCUCUAUAUUGACCCCAGUUUCUCCCGAGCCACAGAGAUCCACAUGAGACUGGGCCUCAUGUUUAAAGGCAACACCGAUUACGAGUCCAGUCUGAAGCAUUUUCAGCUGGCUUUGAUUGACUCCAACCCCUGCACUUUGUCCAAAGCUGAAACCACACACCAUGCAGACUCCUUCCGUCUGCACCCAGGGAGUCAGAAGCAGUGCCACAGGGGAGUCAGAAGCGGUGCCACAGGGGAGUCAGAAGCGGUGCCACAGGGGAGUCAGAAGCGGUGCCACAGGGGAGUCAGAAGCGACGCUCGGUGGGGCUGCUGCACAGGAGGUCAGACAGCCGGUGGUGGACUAGCCUCUUGCACCAACGGCAACUGUUUCUGCCACACGGAAAAGAAAUUCAGAGCAGCAAAAGAAGCGUAUGAGAAUUUACUACAGACAGAGAAUCUUCCUGCACAGGUGAAGGCUGCUACACUGCAGCAACUAGGCUGGAUGCAUCACACAGUGGAGCAGUUAGGGGACCAAGGCUCCAAGGACAGCUAUGCCAUCCAGUGUCUGCAGAAGUCACUAGAAGCAGACCCCAACUCUGGACAGUCCUGGUACUUCCUCGGCAGUGUUCUGUACCAGCAGCAGAACCAGCCUAUGGACGCUCUGCAGGCGUACAUCUGUGCAGUGCAGCUGGACCACAGUCAUGCCGCUGCUUGGAUGGACCUGGGCACGCUCUACGAGUCCUGCGGGCAGCCUCACGACGCCAUCAAGUGUUACAUCAACGCCACGCGCAGCAAGGCCUGCACCAACACCGCUGCCCUCACACACCGCAUUAAGCUGCUGCAGACAGGUAGUGUUGCGGAGGGGAAGGGUGGUAACAUGCUUCCUAGUAUUGAGGAGGCGUGGAGCCUGCCCAUCCCCGCUGAGCUCACCUCCAGACAGGGGGGCCUGAACACUGCAGCAGGCAGCCCAGGGCCACAGGCACAGCAGCAGCAGGUGAGACCUCUAGAGACCCCCCCUCCAGAUAAUGGUGUGAAAGGAGGCCGGUACAGACACCAGGCUCUCUCCACAUCCCAAGCCACACUGACAGUCAGCGUCCAAGUCCCUGCUAAGAAAUCCAUACCACAAGCCAGCGAAAACACGUGCGUGUGCGAUGCUUGUGACAAAACAAUCCAGGUACAACAGCAGAACCCCAGCUGGUACCUAACGCCACAGAGACUACAGCUCCUGGAUCAGCUCCGGACCAACCGGACCAGUCUGAAACCACCACAGGUACAGAUUCUGGAUCAGCUGGAAAACCAGUUCUCCCUCAUGCAGCAGCAUCAACAGCAGGUAAAACAGCAGGCAGUAGGCCAGUUGUGGCCCAGCCUACCCAAUGGCCCCUCGCUGUCCCCAAACUUCCUCCCCUCGCCUCACCCCCUCUCCCGGACUUCACCUGUCAGUCACACCACAGCCCACCCUCCCUGCACUCCUCAGCCAAUGGCCAACGGACCUUUAUCUUUAAGUCACCUGGGACAGCUCGGUAAUCAGGAGGCGGGGACCAUGGGCAAUAAUCACACACCCGGUCUACCGGGUGCAGACACUUUACCGGGGGGUCUAACGGGAGGUGGCAGGAGUAACAGAAACGUGCCUUACCUGCAGCAGAACUGUCUACCUCACAACUGCACAGCCACUAGUGAUACCAAUACCCCCACCAGCAACAACACCAGUCACCACAGUAACAGUACCAUUAAUGCAGAGGAGGCCUGGAAGAGCCAGCAACACACCAACUCCCCUCAGGGGCUUCACAAAGGUCCAGGUUCAUAUUCGGCAUGUCCCAACGGAGAACACCCUUCCUCCCCCUCCCAUCCCACCCAGGCUGCUGGCCCUGGUGUUCAAAGUCUAAAUCAGGUCGGACAUUCCACCGGGCCCUGCCCUGCCUCCUCUUCCUCCUCCUGUUCCUCCCUCUCCUCCUUCUCCUCUUCGCCACAGAGGGGCGGUGCCCCCAACCAUCUCCCUUCCUCUCCCCUCCCCUCCGCCACCACUACCUCAGGGGCCCAAACCAAAGAGACCACGCCUUUAGGAAGCAGCAGUGGAUUGGCUACCCCUGCAGGGACACUGCUCAGUCCCAGUUCCACCGCCCUUACACAGGGAUUGGCUAAUCACAUCCAGCAGGGGGCGGUGACCACCACGUACAGCUCGGGGAGCCAAUCCCAGCCUGGCUCUCCCCCGGGCGCGCUCAGUUCAGACGACCCUCAGCUCUCAGCCUUGCUCAGAGGAAAGGACAAUAAUAAGGAUGAUGAUAACCAUGAUAAUAAUAAUCAUCAUCAUUGUGGCGUUAAUCAAGGAGCCACCACGGACGAUAACAUCAAGGUCAACAACAUCCACCAUGGAGGUCCAAAACCCCUGUCGGAACACUCUGUGGCCUCCUGGCCCCUCUCAGCCAUGUCCGUCACCACCCCUUCCCCCCCUCGCUCCACUAACCCCCACCCCCCCACAGCCAUCAACCUCGCCAGCCUUAACAGCAGCCCGUCCAACAGCGGAACCACCGGUACCACCACUACCCCACAGGUCAAUGGUAAGCGGCUAGAGGACUCUUGCAGCCCAGUCAAGGUGGAUCCCACUGAGCUGGCUCACAGAAGGCCAGCCCUGGCCUCAUGGUCCUCAGUAUCCAUCUACCCCAGCUCCAACCAGGUGCUCAAAGCAUGCAGGAACCUGGGGAAGAAUGGCCUGUCCAGCAGCAGUAUCCUCCUUGAUCAGUGUCCCCCGCCCCGGCCCCCCCUGCCCCCCUCACCCUCGCUGCCAAAGGACAAACUCAACCCCUCCACACCCAGUAUCUACCUGGAGAAUAAGAGAGACGCCUUCUUCCCUCCGCUUCAUCAGUUCUGUACCAACCCCUCCAACCCUGUCACUGUCAUCAGAGGGCUGGCCGGGGCGCUCAAACUGGGUGAGUUACACACACUGCUGGCAGUCAUACACCGUCAUUACAUACAGUACUGCUGCUGGUGGCAUUCCACUCCAGCAAAAUAAAUACAAGUCUUCUGUAUAGUCCUGUUUGGGAAAUCAUUCAAAUUUU